GAUGGUGUUUAUCUGCAUCAUGGUUUCUGCAAAAUUUGAAUCAUGGUAAAUAAUUGUGGUAAACACACGUAGGGAAAUUGAAAAUCUCUGUGAAAUAUUUUGAUUGUAUAGGAUUGUACUAUACUAAAUUGCCGAAUGUUGUUGGUUACAGUUUGAAAAUAGUUUUAGACUGUUGGUACGUGUAGAAAUCACUGGUAGAAAUACAUAUGUGAACAUGUGAAUGAAAUACAUCAACUCAAUAAAACAUAAUGGACAUUAGGAGUUGGGAACACGUAAAAGAGUCUGCAGACGCUGCCGGAGUGUCUACAGAAAAUGGCACAAUUCAAGUUUUGAGAUUUUCCAACAGUCUGAUGAGCGAAGAUUUCAAACUCUUGGAAUUGCCUUCGGGAGUUUUGGAAAGCUUUCAAAAUGGUGAAAGGAUCAUCAUUCGUGGAGAAGUGCAGGAAGAUGCAGUUUUAUGCACAGAGCAUGAAACAUUUGAUUUGAAGUUGGCAGAUCAAUCAAACACUAUGUUGCUGUCGACAAACACAGUUUUUCCAAAAACAGAAGAAUUCACAACUGCAGAAAAUCUAAGGGAUUGUGAGAUACGUGGCUGUGUAUCUAAUUAUUAUGAGUUACGUCUGCGCCGUCCUAAACUACAGAAACUUAAGAAACUUUUAGAAGAAACUGCCUAUCAAGGAGAAAUUUAUGAAAAACAGAUAAAUGAAAGCAAUGUCACCAUGUACACAAUGGAGGACCUCCGCGAAAAGAUUCAGGCAAGUGAAACAGAACUCAGGAACGGUUUGCAAAAGUUGGACGCUCUUCAAAUAGACGGAAACUGGCGGAUAUUUGAAGCCGAAUAUAGAGAGAGGAUUGUAAAUUCAAUUGUCAAUCUCUUGGACGAAAAUUCAUGGAGUUAUGACCGCGUGCCCAUUAAGGAGACUUGUAACGUGUUGGAAGAACUCUACCCAAGAUUUGUCAUUUCACAUUGUUUGCAAUGCUAUGGCGAACCUUUAUCUAUGGAAACGGACGAAGCUGUCGGGGAAGUCUAUUACAAACUAUCCGAAGCAAAAAUUUGUUCUUUUUUUGCCGAAUUUCUUUUACGACCUGCCGGAAGGUUUCACUAUCAAGAGUUCAUGGACACGUGGAAACAAAGUGUCCCAGAUGGAAUGCAUGCUGACGAAGAAUAUCUCAAAGGCAUAGCUCUUGUAGACAUGACGACAACUCCUCCCGUUAUUUGGCAUUUUCCCAGUGAUAAUCUUCCAUCGGAUCCAGCAGUGAGAUUCAACAAAUUAUUCAAAACUCGUGCGAAAUGGACAUUUGAAGACAUUCGACCUUAUUUGACCGAUAUCGAGUCGCCAGGUCAGUCACUGAACGCGUUGCUGUUAAAAUACGCUCGUUGUUCCACUGAUGCAUGCGGCAACAAAGUUUACAAUUCGAAGAGACCGAUCAACUAGUGUAUCAACGUGUAUACAUAAUAAAUAAUACGAAACGCUGAUCUUGAGGGAAUGGAUUAAGUCAACUAAAGAUCAAAUGAAGACUUGCGUUGCAAGAAUAUCUAAAUAAGUGUUAACUGAAUUGAACGCUAUCUAAGUCCUUAUAUUACAAGAUUAUGAUGAAGACAUUCCAUAUGAGAGUAAGAAGAGACUUAAGUCUCGACAUCAGUUCACCGUGUAUGAGGACAAGACAUUCACCUGAAUGACAGUGCAGUAACAAAACAUUUACACAUCUCA